GGGGGCUCCGAAACAUCAUCGGAGGAAGAGACGCAGGGGCAACAGGAAGUGGCAGCGGCUGCAGAACAGCACCAGUCUCCAAUGAUGGGCAAGGGAGAAAGAAGUCUAAGUAAGAAGAAGCAUUCGGCCAAGAAGAGCAAAAGAAGUAAGCCUUCUAAUGCCGAGGACGAUUCAGAAAAGCUUCCUGCUGCCCACCACCUGCUGG